UCUCACCAGUGAGGGACUUCUGUGGUGACGUCAUGGAAUUGGCAUAUGUAUGCGAGUGGGACAAACGUCAGAAGAGCACACACUGUCCCUCAAUCCCGCUGGUAUGUUCCUGGUCCUGUAGGAACCUGGUGGCCUUUACCACUGACCUCAAGAACGAAGAAGAAGACAAAGAUGUCAGUCACAUGAUUCAUAUCAUUGACACUGAACACCCCUGGGAUGUUUACUCCAUCAGCUCUGGACACUCUGAGGUCAUUUCCUGUCUGGAGUGGGAUCACUCAGGUUCUCGUCUGCUGUCAGCUGAUGGUAACGGUCAGAUUAAGUGCUGGGCCAUGUCAGAUCACCUGGUGAACAGCUGGGAGUCUGUUCUGUCCAGUUCUCUGGAAGGAGACCCCAUUGUGGCUCUGAGCUGGCUGCACAACGGCGUUAAACUGGCUCUGCAUGUGGAGAUGUCCGGUUCUACCAACUUUGGUGAGAAAUUCUCUCGUGUGAAGUUCUCUCCAUCCAUGACUCUGUUCGGUGGGAAGCCAAUGGAGGGCUGGUUGGCGGUGACAGUCAGUGGUCUGGUCACCGUAUCACUAAUGAAACCCGGUGGCGCUCUGCUGACAGCCAGCGAGAGUCUGUGUCGACUGAGAGGACGGGUGGCGCUGGCCGACAUUGCCUUCACAGGAGGAGGAAAUAUUGUAGUGGCAGCGACUGACGGCAGCAGCACAUCACCGGUCCAGUUCUACAAGGUGGUGGUCAGUGUGGUCAGUGAGAAGUGUCGUAUCGACACAGAGCUGCUGCCGUCGCUCUUCCUGCGCUGCACCACCGACCCGCUGAGGAAAGAGAAGUAUCCCAGUGUGACGCAGCUCAGGUUCCUGACCAGAGAAAACUCUGAGCAGGUGCUCCUGUGUGCAUCCAAUCACAGUGGCAGCAUUGUAGAAUGCUGGUCUCUGAGGAAGGAGGGACUUCCUGUCAACAACAUCUUCCAGCAUCGCUCCCCAGUCGUGGGGGAGAAGCAGCCCACCAUCCUGAAGUGGAGGAUCCUGACCACCACCAACGACCUGGAGAGAGUGUCGGCCGUGGCUCUGCCCAAACUGCCCAUUUCCAUCUCCAACACUGACCUGAAGGUGGCAUCAGACACUAAGUUCUUUCCAGGACUGGGACUGGCUCUAGCGUUCCACGAUGGAAGUAUUCAGAUCCUCCACCGUCUGUCACUCCACACCAUGGGUGUUUUCCAUGGUCUGUCAUCCAAUCAGAGACCUGGAGAUGAGGCGGUCAUCAAACGGCAGAGAACGGGAGGCCCCGCACUUCACUUCAAAGCCCUGCAAUUCUCCUGGACGUCAUUGGCUCUGGCUGGGGUUGACAACCACGGAAAGCUCCACAUGCUGCGUGUGUCGCCCUCUAUGGGCCAGGUGCUAGACAUGAACACUACGCUGCGCCACCUGCUGUUCCUGCUGGAGUACUGCAUGGUGACGGGCUAUGACUGGUGGGACGUCCUGCUGCACGUUCAGCCCACCAUGGUCCACAACCUGGUGGAGAAGCUGCACGAGGAGUACAUGAGGCAGAACCAGGCACUGCAGCAGGUCUUGGCCACAAGAAUCGUGGCUGUGAAGGCGUCCCUGUGUAAACUGUCCACGGCCACAGCGGCGAGAGCCUGCGACUUCCACGCCAAACUGUUACUGAUGGCCAUCAGCUCCACCCUGAAGUCGCUGCUGAGGCCACUGGUCCUCAACAUGCCUGACAAGAGUCCAGGAGACCGUCUGAGUGAGAUCUGCUCCAAGAACACAGACACAGACAUUGACAAGGUGAUGCUCAACCUGAAAACGGAGGAGUUUGUGUUGGACGGUCCUCCGCUCCAGUCACUGCAGCAGCUCAUCCAGUGGGUGGCAGACUUCGUCCUCUACCUGCUGGCUAAUCUGCCUAAUCAGGGCUCUAUGGUGCGUCCAGGCUUCGGCUUUAUGAGGGAUGGAGCCUCUCUAGGUCUGCUCAGAGAAAUGCUGGUGAUGAUCCGAAUCUGGGGGCUGUUCAAGUCGGGGUGCCUGCCCACCUUCACUGCCAUGUCUGACAACCAGGACAGUCUGCAGCUGCUCUUCAGACUACUGACCAGGCUGUGGCUCUGCUCCCGGGAUGACGGUCCGGCCCAGGAGCCUGACGAGUCCUUGAUCGACGAGUGCUGCCUGCUGCCCAGUCAGCUGCUGGUGCCGGCUCUGGAUUGGCUGCCCAUCAACGACGGCAUCAUCGUCAAACUGCAGGGAAAACAUCCAAUCAGACUGCAGUUUGGAAAAGCUGUGUCUCUGCACGGAGGAGGGGGAGGAGGAGGAGGAGCUCUGGACGUCUUCACCAGGACUUCCAGCUCUCAGAAGGUGGACAACCUGCGUUGUGUUCAUAUGGGAGUCAGCCCCACGGAGGAGAGUAAAGCCUGCACCAGGUGUGGCUGUGUGACCAUGCUCCGUUCUCCCAACAAAACCAACGCCAUGAAGCAGUGGGAGCAGCGUUGGAUCAAAAACUGUCUGUGUGGAGGUCUGUGGAGGAGGAUCCCUCCGGCUCCACCCACUUAAGAUCACCUGACCUUUACUUCCUGUUAGUGUUUUAAUUUGUUUGAAUGGUGAUGAAAAAAUCAUUUUGUAAUAAAAGUGUUGACAAAAUAAAACUCCUCUUCUUCUCUUGACCUCCA